AGUUCAUCACAUCGCCCUCUGCGAUAUAACAUCUCUAUCCGGCGCAAUGAGCCGCAUUUGGAGUGUCUGCGUCCCUGCGUGUCAGCGCUGAGUGAAAUCUGUCUGGAGAAGGAUACGCAUGGAUGGAGGAGGACGCACAGAGUCAACAGGAACCAUCUCCCGGACUGGUUUGGCGUGUGUGUCUUUGGAGGUUUGUGUAACUGUUCCAACAAGGCCCCUGUGUUUCUCUAAGCAAAUUUCCACCUGCUCCCUGAGCUGCUGCGUCUCAUUGGUUGAAACCACGGUCAGAUUCCCCACUGCGAAAUUAUCUGAUUGAAAAUCAGGGCGGGGAGAAGAAGACGCAGCAACAAGUGUCAUGCUUUUUUUUUUUUUUUUUUUUUAACGCUGCUUUGCUUUGCUGACCUCCGGGAAGGGAUUUUUGGGACUCACUUCGCCUCCAAUGAACCACUUCAUAUUGAGAAUCACUGGGGAAUAACCGUCCGUUGGCUUUACUGAGCAUCUGAUUUGGGUUCGAGGAAAAGCCGUCAGGUAACGAAUCAAGAUGCCGCGGUCAUUUCUGGUAAAACACAAAAGGUGCACCUCCUAUAAUGUUCACCGAUCGUACGAAGACGAGCCGAAAGCCCCUGUUUGUGCUGAUGCGCCACCGGAGGCUCGGAGCCCGGUGUCUGCAGACAGGCCUCCAUCGGAGGACCAGCGCUCCCCCGCAGACCUGCGCCUGCUCACAAAGCAGGAGACACCCGAGCGUCCCUUACCUGUCCACCCGGAGCCAACCCGGCCUCCGAUGACCCCCACGCAGCCCUACUACCUGACCGAGCCUCACCUGGCUGAGUUCCCGCCGUACUACAAGCCCGCGUACGCCUGGGAGCCGGUGCCCUCCUCUCCCCCCUCUUCAGCCUCCUCCACCUUCGAGCUCCGGCAGCUGAGCUUCAGCCCCACCGUGCUGCAGCACGCCAGCAGCCUGUUCGGAGGCCACAUCGGCCGCAGCCCGCAGCCGCAGCCGCAGCAGCAGCAGCAGCAGCCGCUGGACUGCAGCACGCACUACUCCCCGUCCUCCAACCCCUACCACUGCAUCACCUGCGACAAGGUGUUCUCGACGCCCCACGGGCUGGAGGUCCACGUCCGGAGGUCGCACAGUGGAAUGAGGCCUUUCGGCUGCAGCAUCUGCAGGAAGACCUUCGGCCACGCAGUCAGUCUGGAGCAGCACAUGAACGUCCACUCUCAGGAGAAAAGCUUUGAGUGCAAGAUGUGCGGUAAAUCCUUCAAGCGCUCGUCCACGCUCUCCACGCACCUGCUCAUCCACUCGGACACCAGGCCCUACCCCUGCCAGUACUGCGGGAAGAGGUUCCACCAGAAGUCCGACAUGAAGAAACACACGUACAUCCACACCGGUGAAAAGCCUCACAAGUGCCAGGUUUGCGGCAAAGCGUUCAGCCAGAGCUCCAACCUGAUCACCCACAGCAGGAAGCACACCGGCUUCAAGCCGUUUGGGUGUGACAUUUGCUCCAAAGGCUUCCAGCGAAAGGUGGAUCUGCGCAGGCACCACGAGAGCCAGCACGGCAUGAAGUGAGACGUCGGCCAGGCGCGGCAAGCGUUGGCAAAGCUAUUUAAACUUGUUUUUGUUUUUAAGUGUUUACAAGUAAAGUCUGGAAAUAAGUUAUGUGUGAGAUUAAUGAUAAAUCUCUUGUUAUCGUCAUGAAACAGAGUUGUAGCUUUAUCACUUUAUAGCAGGGGCGUGGGACACUCAAGGGGCCACGUCUGACCGGUGAAGUAGUGUCAUAAUAAUCUUUAAUUCUAAGGGUUUAUUGGUGUUUUUACAAACUCAUCCGGACUGCCUGGCUUUGAGGCCCGUGCCGGGAUCACAGCUAUGGGUUGUUGUGUGUUCAAAAAGGAAGUUUUUCUUUCUGAGUGAAAUACUUGAAUAAAUCCAUCUUGUCAUGAAUAUUCAUGUCAGCAUAUUAAUUCUUGUUGUAAACAAAAAGAACGUUACGAAUAACUGUCAUAUAUCUGUGGUGAGGAUGCAACAAUAUAAAGAAGAGUCUUUUACACUUUUUGUGGAGGGAGCCAAUGAUAGGCCUGAAGAAUGUGUCAUUUAUGAAUAAAAAACGCAAAUAUCAAUUAAUAGAUGUAUCUGGAGCAUUUAUGCAAUGGUUUUUAUGUCGUGCUGGUUUUUCAGGGAAGAAUUUGCUUUACUUUUGUAGGAUCUAUCCAGUCUGAAAUAAAUCAGAACAGCAGUAUUAGACUGAGAAAAUGAUCUCACCAAACGUGUCAUACACUUUUAUAUUUCAUCUAAAAAUGCUAAUUACUGUGUAAAUUGGCUUUGUGGCAGUGAGAGGGACGAUGAUGGCUUCUGUGUGGUGUAAGUUGUUUAUAAAUCUGUCAACACUGUGAGUCAAAGAGAGACAUGCUGUCAUAAACAGACUAUAUCCAUCCAUGAUGUCUGUAAUGCUGAGAAAUCUUUGUAUAAUAUAUUAAAACUGUGCUUGAGUGACUAUUGGAGAAUGAGUGAAUACCUUCAGAAAUAAAGGAUGA